AUGGCAUUCAACCAAUUUCCCAACAGACGACGAGUCAUACAAGCAUGUGUCAAUUGCCGUAUGCGCAAGACACGUUGCGAUGCUGUCCAACCUCGAUGUGGGCUCUGCACUUCGCAAAAUGUCGACUGCGUUUACCGUGAUGCCAAACAGCCAAAGAUCGACUACAACACACAGGUUCUUCUAGAAAGAAUCCAAACCAUGGAGGAUCGAAUAAUGUCGUCGAGCUUUUCUUCUCAGUUUUAUAACGGAAACCUUCGCUCGUCGCCCGCCAAUAGCCAGGGCCCGCCCGAACAUGUCCGACCAAAAUCAGAUGUCCUACCUGACUUUAACACCGCGGCAAAUGAGCCACUUUUCGAAGUUCAGAUACCCCUGUCGCAUACAGCAAACGCCAAUCAUGUCUUUUCAUGGCCUCUGGUACAGGAGCUCCUAUUAAAGGCCAGCGAAGACGGGGAAAGCUUGCAAACACAUACCAAUGCAACAGAGGUGUUUUUCCAGCCACAAUCAAGCAAUUACCUUUCUCCGACGAUUUCACAACCUCCUCUUUCAUGGAGACUGUAUGAUAAUGCAGAACCAUUCUUUUCAUCUUUGGACGACUUUGUAUCGCAUCUUCGGGACUUGAUCCACUUGUAUUUUACCGAAGUCAAUAUUUUCUUCCCGUUACUGUUGAAGGGCGAUAUCCUCGACACAUUCGAAAGGGUAACAGCUGCGGAAGUAUUUGGUCAAGAACAGAGUAGCAGCAUCGGCAUGCCACAAUAUGGACUGCUGCUUGUGACACUCUGUCUUGCCUUAUUGAGCUCAAGUGGUCGAUCUAAUAUACAUCUUGAGAAGAGCCACGCAGAUCACGAGGCCUCAUCAAAAUCUGCCGUGCAGAUGGAGCGGCUGAGAUCCAACUUGUGGGACAAAUCGAGGCUUGUUCUAGGAUACGUUUCGACAGACAUGUCAAUGGCAGCUGCCCAGAGCAGUAUGCUGGCGAGGUAG